GGCCCGGCGGGGUUUGGGCGCUGCACCGCGGCAAGAUGGCGGACAGGGAGGAGGCGCUGAGGGAGUUCGUGGCCGUGACCGGCGCCGAGGAGGAGCGGGCGCGGUUCUUCCUCGAGUCCGCGGGCUGGGACCUCCAGAUUGCCCUCGCCAGUUUCUACGAGGACGGGGGUGAUGAGGACAUCCUGACCCUUCCCCAGCCCGCCCCCAGCUCCAUAUCCAGAGGCACUGGAGCCAGUGACCAUCGAGUAACCUCGUUCAGAGACCUCGUGCACGCGCAGGAGGAGGAUGAUGAAGAGGAGGAGGGACAGCGGUUCUAUGCCGGUGGCUCGGAGAGGAGUGGCCAGCAGAUCGUGGGCCCUCCAAGGAAGAAGAGUCCCAACGAGCUGGUGGAGGAUCUGUUCAAGGGAGCCAAGGAGCACGGCGCGGUGGCCGUCGAUCGGACGACCAAGGGCGGUGGAGAGACGAGCAAACCGAAGCCUUUUGCAGGGGGAGGGUAUCGCCUUGGGGCUACUCCCGAGGAGGAGUCGGCUUACGUGGCAGGAGAGAGGAGGCAGAACUCUGCUCAGGAUGUGCACGUUGUACUGAAGCUCUGGAAGAGUGGAUUCAGUCUGGAUAGUGGAGAGCUGAGGAGCUACCAGGAUCCCUCCAAUGCCCAGUUCCUCGAUGAUAUCCGGAGGGGGGAAGUCCCGGCUGAGCUGCGCAGGUUAGCACGGGGAGGACAGGUGAACCUGGAUAUGGAGGAUCACCGGGAUGAGGAGUAUGUGAAACCUAAAAGUGUCUUCAAGGCUUUUACUGGAGAAGGACAGAAGCUGGGCAGCACCGUGCCCCAGGUGAUGGGCACCAGCACACCAGCCCAGCAGGCAGAGAAUGAAGCCAAAGCCAGUUCUGCCAUCGCGAUUGAUGAGUCGGAGCCCGUCACCAACAUCCAGAUCCGGCUCGCCGACGGUGGGAGGCUGGUCCAGAAGUUUAACCACAGUCACAGGAUCCGUGACAUCCGGCUCUUCAUAGUAGAUGCUCGGCCAGCGAUGGCUGCCACCAGUUUCGUCCUCAUGACCACCUUCCCCAACAAAGAGCUGACUGACGAGAACCAGACCCUGAAGGAAGCCAACCUGCUCAACGCUGUCAUCGUCCAGCGGUUGACAUAGAGGACCCCAGCUGUGGCCACACGCCCGGCGCGGCGCACGGGGCCCGUGCAGUGCCUCUCGGGCCCACACCCGCUCCUAGCUCUGGGUUCUUAGGUCUUGGUUGGACUUUUUUUCUCUUUAGUUGCAUUUCCCAUGGGGUUAUUAUUUUUUUUUUUUUUUGUGAUGAUGAUCAGUGGACUUUAAAAUAAAUAAAACGAAACGAAUCCGUUUUUAAAGGA